AAAAGGACGCGUCACGCUGUUUCCGUUUCCACUAUCGCUUCAAUCGCUUGUAGGUUGUCACGUGACCGCGUUUGAUUGUGAGUCACAUGGUGUCUGUGCUUAUUCCAGCUUGUUCUUAUAAUUUACAAUGUUUACAAUCAUGAUCAGUUUCGAUCGUUUCUCUGUAAAGUCAAAGUCUUUCAAAGUAAUGAAACGCAUAGAACGGGGGAAUAAUGUUUAUAAAGAAAACUGUCAGUUAUGAGUAUUUAAAUUAAUUAUAAUGGAAGAUCAGGAUAUUUUAUCAUCAAAAUCGUAUAAACGUGCUGAAGCAAACUUGAAGAAUAAAUUAAAAACAGAUAUUCUGAACCAUGUUCCCCAUUAUUUAAUACCCGGGUUCAAUUUGCACAAUAAUUUUUCUGUCGACAAUUCCGAUUUAGAAAAUGUUAUCGAACAGUAUCAGGAAUAUCCUUAUCAUUGUGAUCUACCAAAACCGUUAUUACCUCCUGCCCGAUUACCCAGAAUUGUGUUAAGUGAAGAAGAUCCUGCGUUAGAAUUAAUUACCCUUAAAAACCAGGUGAAAAGUGAUAUAGAUAGAUUGAAGAAAUAUUAUGUCACCCAUCAAAAAGAAUUGGAGUUCAUACGGAAAAAUGAUGUAAAAUGGAAGAAAAAUAAAAAUGCACUGACUACAAAGCUACCUAGAUAUAUAUCAGACUUAGCAGAACUUAUUGAAAAGGACCCAGACCCUUAUUUCGAAGGAGUCUACAAUUGGUACUAUACCGGUGGGUCCGUAGAUUGUUUACAAUUAAAUAAUAAGAAUAUUUUACUUUUUCCAUUCAUGGGAGAAUUAGUAAGUGCCCCCCUGGUUGCUGCAGAAAACUAUUUAUGGAAGCCUCUAUUAAAUCAAUCCGCUAAAUGCGAACUUGAUGGAAGUUUAUACGAAUUAAAGCACAAUUUAACUACCGAUAGGUGCAUGGUUCUAGGCAGAUAUAAAUGGAAUUGCAAUUUUUAUAUCUUAUCCGAACACGACAAUAAGUGUAAUCUAACUGAAAUACAUAAGCAGCCAUCGAAAAUCCCUUACAUCAGCGGAGAUUUAAAUCCCACUAACGUGAAUCAUUACUGCUUAGCAAAUGUCGAAAGACGUGUUACACUGUGGGACGUAACUAAGAUGAAACACAUUAGUCGUUAUACUGUAUCACAAAACACAGUGUUCGAUGACCCAUGGACUAGUAUUAAGUAUCAGUCCGCAGAUACCGAUGUACUUUUAUUCGUUGACAGAUGCUGCCUGCACUAUCUCGACACUAGAGCUCCAUUCGAUCUUCCGGUAUUGACGAUGUGCCCGAAAGAGCAUUUAGAAAAAUGUGAGAAGCUUUCAUUAGACCUCCCCAGUAGAAAUAAUUAUUGUAGAUACAUAGGGACUAACCAUAGCGUUUUAAUGUGUGAUAAUCGUUCCCCCAAACAAUGCGUUCAACAAAAAUGGACCCACCAAUUCAAACAGCCUCUUAUUAUGGGUUGUACAAUAAAUAGGGAAGACAAAGAGUUUGUCGUUUUAUCAAGUCAAGUUAAUAGAGAGACCACAAUAAUACUUAAUACUUGGACAACUGACGAAACUUCGCACUCAUAUCAUUUUCCGUAUACCCCCCACGACAUUAAUACCACAUUACACGAAUCUCAGAUGCAAGGAAUGAGUUUGAAUUCCUGUUUAAGGGACAGAUUCCGCUUGUCUAAUAUUGGCUCUGCUCUUAUUAAAAAUAACGAGGAUAUAUACUUAUUUCGACAGAAUUCAAUUGGGGAUAUUUAUUAUCAAUGUAUAUCGCAUGAGGGCCCAUUAGACAGGUAUUCGUCGAUUAAUACUAGAUCUUAUUGUAUAUUAAGUUCCUGGGAAAAUGCAGCAUCUGUACAGACCGAAGCUCUCGUGCCUCUUGCAGUGUCGAACAAAACGAAUAUGGAACACAUCCUUGAAGUAUUUACAAACAGUGAGUUGAAAUACACUAAAUGCAUUUCGAACGAUUCGUAUGAACCAAGUUGGAAACAGUCUAUCGAGAAAUUAAGUACUUACAUGGAUAUAUUAGCGCCAGAGCUUUUGGGGAUAUGGGAGAUUUCUGAGGACGUCCCAUUGCCUCUGACGACUGCGCCUCAUCAGAAAGUCUUAAGCUGGUUGGAAUCUGCAGAUACGAAAGCACCUGUUUUAUCCCAAGAAGAUCAAGAAAAUAUAUCGACUCCGAUUAAUACGCAAGAAUUAAUCAGCGUAUCUCAAGAAAUAGAUAUAACUUAUUUAGACGACAGCAAUGCACUGCAGGACCUGUUACCCAAAGUGAAAACCGUCCGAAAGAAAUCUCGGAAGAAUCGAAAAUAAAUUUUAUGACAAACAUUUUUUUCAAAUAAAAUUAUGAGACGAUUUACUUCGACCUGUGAA